AGGAAGAAACCGUAAAGUCUAAACAUAAAUUCCGAUAUUUUAAUAUUUUACUAAUGUCAGGUAUCUCGACCUAAGGAAACAUUCUCACCUCUCACACGUCGAUUUAAUAUUAAUAAUUUCAUAACAAGUGAAUCAGACGUCGCUACAUCAGACCUGUAAUAAUAUUCAGCCAAAACGUCAACAACACACGUAUCGUUUAAUGAAUACUCAUUAAUCAUUUAAUCAAUAUUCAUAUUAUAAGUGGGAAACAAAAACUAGUAUCAAGAAUCAGCAUCUGCGAAAAGAAAUCAUUUGUACUACAUUUUCUACCCUUGGUAACCCUGUCAAAACAAAACCCAGCAACAACCAUUCAGAGAGAAGGGCGAGCUAUCGUCUCGCCAGCCAAUCGUCGAUGAAAGCCAGCAGCCAAUGAGCGCUCAGAAUUUUGGGCGGACUAUUUGAACUCUGCAUCUUAGAGCGACCGUAUUGGUCCGUGAAACUGUCAAUCUCUUAAAACGCAGACGGCUUUAAAACUACGCUUGCGUGUUUUAAUAGCCGAAAUGUUCAAAUCGGAUAUAGCGUAACGAUCACACAUUACAAAAUACAGUUUAUUAGAUGUGGAAAUAAUAACAGCUGUCGUUUUAAAACGCAUAAAACUAUCUAAACAUAGCGACUUACGUUUCCUACGUGACAGGCCCAGGGGGAGGAGCUACAGUCAACAUCAACAAAAGGAAAGAAGCAGAGAAAACAGACGAAAGAUUCUCGGAUACACAAACACAAUAUGUCCUUUUAACAUCCCAGGUGUUUUGACGACCUGAAACACAAACAAACUGAAAACAUGGAGGCAUUCAGACUGAUGAAGGAACUGAAGAGCAAUGUGGACCAGGAGGUUCAGUAUCUGCCAAAAGAAACCGGACUCAGUUUGAUCGAGUCCACACAAGAGAACGGUAAUGGAGUUUCAGCCAAAUGUCGAGAUGCCCGAGUGGAAGACCUCUGGAGCUUGACCAGCUUCUUCGGUUACAGCACUCAGACCUUCGUACUAGCCGUUAACCUGCUGGACAGGUUUAUAGCUAUGAUGAAGGUUCAGCCCAGGUAUCUGGCCUGCAUCAGCAUCGGUUGCCUUCACAUCGCCGCUCGAGUGACCGAAGAGGAGUGCAAAGUUUCGUCCAGCCACGAGCUCAUUCGCAUCAGCCAGUGCAAGUUCACCGUCUCUGACCUCAGCCGAAUGGAGAAGAUCAUUUCGGAGAAGCUCAACUUCCAGUUAAAAGCCGUCACAGCCUUAACCUUCCUGCAUUUGUACCACGCCAUUGCACUUUCGCACACGUCCAACAGAAAAGACAUCCUGAAUCUUGACAAACUGGAAGCCCAGCUAAAAGCCUGCCUAUGCAGAAUUGUUUUCUCCAAAGCAAAACCUUCAGUGCUCGCUUUGUCUCUCUUGAUGCUUGAGAUCGAGGCCUUACAGUCUGUGGACCUGCUAGAAAUCGCCCAGCGCAUACAAACACACUUGAAGAUCUCCAAAGCUGACCUGGCGCACUGGCGAGGUCUGGUAGGUCAGUGUAUGAGGGAAUACUCCUCCCCAGAAUGUGCCAAACCUGACCACAAGAAACUGGUGUGGAUCGUCUCGCGGAGGACGGCACAGAACCUGCACAGCAGCUACCGCAGCGUCCCCGAGCUGCCAACCAUCCCCGAGGGCGCUUGGGACGAGAGCGAGAGUGAGGAUUCAAGUGAAGACCUGAGCUCCGGGGAAGAGAGUCUGAGCAGCUCACUGGGCAGCGACGCCGAGGGACACUACUUCCCUCCUAACUUCCUCUCACGGGCCCGUAGACUGUAAUACGCUAUAACCACUUGCCAAGGUGCACAACCACCAACGGAGACGUGGCUUGCCUGUCAUCUUCCAAGAUGACGUCACAGACCUCUCCUGGCUAAAAUCCUCGAGUUAUACGGCGAGGUGCCAUUGUGCCUGGGUUCAACGAAACCACCGAGUCCAAAAUAUCAGAAUUGUAUUUUAAAACUCUUCUUUUACGGCUACACAGAAAGCCAGUCCGCAUACUGUAAACAUCUCUUUUGAUUACUCGUGUUAAGCUAAAAAUGAAAUAAUUCAGCACUGCACAACACUGGCAGCUAAAAACUUAAAGAAAAAAAAAAAAAUAUGAUGUAGCCGUAGCAUAUAUAGUAGUUGGUGCAUGUUCGGAUUUGUCAACAUUCCAGGCGGCUCAAUAUGACAUAUCCAAGGUACACUAGACUGUUAGAGAACAACUUGAGACUUGUACUUUGGUGCUUUGCACAGUUUUGUAAUAUGAUUGUUAAGCGUGUGACAGCGGGAAAGCUGCGUGCCUGCUGAACUGCCGUCCCUCUGAGGACAAACAAUCAGAGGUUUACUGUGUGGUGCGCAUGGUGUUCGCAGAAAAAACGGUGGAUUGUUUAUUUUUCGUGCGUGUAUGUGAGCGUGAUGUUGUUAACCUACUUGCCAACUUAGUAUAAGUUUCACUUUAGCCGACGUAUGAAGACAAAUACUGUAUGUUGAAAAUGUGCAACAACAACAAAAAAACCUAAAAACCUUAUAAAAUGUAAAAAAUGUCAAUAUUUAAAAAAAAAAAAUGUACAUUUGUAUAAUGUAAAAAAAAAAAUGCAUAUACGUUCUGUAUAGCAUCUUGUAGAUAUUAACUUAUUUAUUGUUAUUUUUGUCAUGGUAAUAUAAAAAAAAAAUUCACAAUUAAAAAAAAAAAGCUAUUUUGAAAUUCA